AUGGUGCCGACAUCGGCAUUUUUGGGUGAUGGUAUUGGUAAUUUAAUGGCGCAUAUCGUUGUUGAAUCUCAGACGAGACUUGCUCACAAGAUUGCGUUUUGCGACGAAUUGGAAUGCAUUGUUAUGGAAGUGGGUUGCUUUAUUGGUUUCAUUUGA